CUCGUGCAGCAGGCACGUGUCACACCCACCACAACUCCCGCCAGCAACACCCAGGGCCUGCCCUAGUCUCGUCGGAACGAAGGCUACCACAGAUCUUGAGCCAUGCCGAAAAGGAGAAGCUUCGCCAUGGUGGCGUGCACCACGGCCGUUGCUGCCUUGAUGUCAAUGCGAUCAAGCACCGCAUUCGUACCGACCACAACCCUUGCGUCGCCGCCGCCUGCGUUGCAUAGCAGCCGCAUACCAGUAGGCAAGGGUCGCGGCCACGUAUCGCAGUUCCAGCCUGGCUCGGACCCCCUCGGUUACAAGGUCGGGUUGGAGAGGAGAGCGCCAGCACUACCGCUGUCCCGUGCGGAUCGGCGACCCAGCAGGCGGGCAACAGCCAUGGUGUUCGGGGGCGGCGGGGGCGGUGGACGCGGAGGAGGAGGCUUCCGGCUUGACCCCGGAACCAUAGCUACCAUCGGCUUCGGUCUUCUUUUCGUGUUCGCCCCCGGGGUCAUCUUCGGCGCGUUCAACACGCUGUUCUUGACGAUCACCGUUGGGCCGAUCUUGUUUUCCGCGGGGCUUAACCUGUACAACAGAAUCAACCUCGUCGACGCGCCUUGCCCGGUAUGCGAUGUGGAUCUGCAAGGACUCAAGAACAAGCAGAACCAGUGUCCGAGUUGUGGAGCGAUGCUUUUGGCGAAAGAUGGAAAGUUUGAAGCGGUGGGGUCGGGGUACGUGCGUGACGAGGCGGGGACACAGCGGGAGUUCUCGCGCAUGGGAGACAGCGGGGUCAUAGACGUGGAUGCCAUAGAUGUGGACGACUGACUUCGUCGGGGUUUGUGAAUGUUUCGAGGGUGUGGUGAAUGCGUCGAGAAUAGAUUUGUGACGCGGACCGGAUCACAUAGGCGUACUUCUUUACUGUGUAGAAAUAUUUUCUGGCAUCAGCAACAAUGUCUGACCUAUGCGUCGCAUGCGAACUCCCGCUUCCCGUCGGUGGAAGACAAGCGGGGGAACACUCUUUGAAUGAGAAGCCUGCGCUUUGUGCCUGACGAUACAUCGUUUGACUGGAGUCUUUGCCAGAGCGGGCGAUCCAGUUGGUUUUCCACGACGAUUUGACAAAGUCACUCAGGCCCGACUGGCGGUAGGAAGCAAGGGUUGGUGUGUUUAGUGUCUCCCCUUGAUCUUUCGCGGUAAAAGCAACAGGCCUGUUUGGCCAAGCAGAGGUCUGAGUUCGUUGUCCACUACAACUCAGACGAACCAUUAGUCUCACUGCUGUAGUUAACUGCUGCGUGUCGCCGUAGAGAGAGAGGAAAUUGCCCCGCAAUUGAUUGAUUGGCCAAACUUUUGAACGGAACGUUCCAAAGAAAGGCGAAAAUUCCGUGUUUGGACCGCCAGGUGUCGAUAACAAGAGGUAGGUGUGAUUGGAGAAUAGAGUACAGGAGAGGUUCCUGUUUAGUGCCGGUUGAAUAGUGCCGGUUGCCGGUAUUGUGCCGGUCAAAUCUCCGCGCACAGAACCCGCCCUGAAUGGUGCCGGUCUGGCACUAUUCAGGGCUGCCCACUAUUAUGCCGGUUCGGGCCCCACUGAACCCCACAAUAGUGCCGGUUCAAGCACGCACGUACACACACAAGAGACAUGAUAGAAAUACUUGUAGCAAUGCCAAGUGGUUGAUACGGAUGUUCCCAUGGAAUGAGGUAGAGCGGAAUACCGGGUGACAUGUGUGGUACGUAGAAUGGAUUCCAGGGAUGUACAAGGUACCUCUGUUGUAUACGGCGUCGGCCCCUCAACGGGGCUUGUGUGUGUAUGUGGAUGCAACUAAUCACAACAAGUUUUUCUACUCGGCGCGAGCCCGCCGAGUUGCCGACACCCUAU